UCUUGUCUUCGACGCGUUCCACGUCGCAGUUGUAGCCGUCUCUCUCACACACACCCUCGUUUGCUAUCUCUGCCUAAUUCACCUUCUCCUUUCUUCCCACAUCCUCGAAAAACACUUCUGUUAAUGGGUUCAUCGCAAAGCACACUCUCUGUCGAAACUGGCCUCACCGCGGUUGCUGUCGUUGCUGGCGCCGCCGCUCUUGGUUAUGCCGCUAUUUCGGGGUCAGGAUCGCCGAGCAAGGACAAGGACAAGGACAAUUCUACGAAGAAGUCGGCCACUGAGGGAAGCGGUUCGAGCAAGAAGGUCAAGCGCAAAUCCACAGCUCCCGUGGCUGCCCCCGAGCCAACGAAGUCAGAGCCACCAACUGAGAGUACAGCCAUUUCAUCAGCGACCUCCAAGCCCAAAAAGCCGAAGAACAAGGCCAAAGCGAGCAAAGAUGAACCAUUUGUUCAGCCAACUUCCUCUACGACAGUUUCUACCAGUCUUCCCGGAACAUUUGACUCUGGCAGUGUCAUGGAAGAUACACAACCAACGAUUACGACCAAAACAACCAAGAAGAAGACGAAGGCGGCUAAGAAAAAGGCUUCUCCCUCUUCUUCCACUCCGGCUGCCGUUCCGGAGACCGAAACUGAGCCCGAACCCACGACGGUGCCGAGUGCAGAAACGGCCUCUGUGUCAGCAACCAAGACCAAGAAGUCGAAGGGAAAGAAAAAGGAAAAAGCAGUUGCAGUUGGCGGAGACACCACAGACGAUGGGUGGACUCGCGUCGGUGCUGGCGGAAGCACAAGUGCCAGUGCCAGCGCCAGUGCCAGCAACUUGGCGGAUGACAGCUUAGCGGAAGAAGAAGAUGAUGAUGAGCAAGCUGAAGAGAUCCCACUGCCCGGAAUGCGUCCCAAACUUCCACCUCCCAAAAGACCCUUGGCCGAACGUCUUCUACCCAAACCUCGCAAGACUGGUGUUGACGAUAUGCUUCCAGCUUCAUCGCCGGACUAUCCUGCAAUCGCGCGUGUUAUGCGGGUGGUCCCUGGUUCUGGCGAACGAACACCACCCAGUUCUGGCCAUGACACCUCUGACUCCGAAGCUCAAGCCGAACUUGCCGCUCUUGCCGCCCAAGCGGCCGCCGACCAAGCAGAUCUAGCCGCCAUUGCCGCCGCUGCCGAUCUUGAUUCAUGGGGAGCGCCAUCCACCCAAGGAAAUGAUGAUGGUGAAUGGGGAAUCGUUUCAGGAAAGCGGCGAGGGGGUGCAAGUGCUAGUGGAACGCCAAACUCAUCAUUUAUCUCCACUUCACGACCUGCCGCCCCAGCGUCGACCGGACCACGACCAGGAAGUGUGGCUGGGACAGGUGCCAACGCGAAGAAAAACGCGAAGAAGCGGGAAGCAGCCAAGGCGGCAAAAGCUGCUCAGGAUGCGGAGCAACAGGCGUUGCUGAAGGCCCACAAACGUGAGCUGGAACGGGUACGCAUUGCUGAGCAGAACAAGAGCAGCAAGAGCAAGACGGGUGGGGGGAUGACGGCCAGUGUCGAGGGUGGAAAGCUGGUCUGGGAUUAA